AUGGGGCGCGUGGACAGCCUCUGCUGUGUGGAGGCAGCGGGCCUCAGCCACAGCGGCUGCAGCUGUACACCACCCCUCGUGCCUCACCCCUGCACCCACUCACCAUCACAGCCACACACGGGCACCACCUUCACCACCUGUACUACCUGCAUCUCCUUCACUACCUGCAUCUCCUCCACCACCUACACGACCUCCAUCACUUUCAACACCUCCAUAACCUCCAUCACCAAGACACACACGAACACCAAAUACACCACCUGUACCACAUUCACCACCUCCAUCACCUACACCACCUUCACCACCUACACCACCCGCGCCACCAGCACCACCACGCAAUACACGUGUGCAUAUUGA